AUGAAUUUAAGAAAAUGGAAAUCAAACUUGCAGUUACUUAACGGAUGUGACACGUCGCAGUCUUCGUUAGACUUAAAUAUUGGAGGCCUUGAAUCGACUAAAACAUUAGGUUUAGGAUGGCAGGCAAUGUCUGAUGAAUUGUGUUUUCCCAUCAGUGAUUCAGUUAUCGACAGUAAUAGUAAACGUGAAAUGCUUUCUGUUAUUUCACAGAUCUUUGAUCCUCUAGGCCUUUUAAGUCCUUGUGUAAUGACAAUGAAAAUGUUGCUUCAAAAAUUAUGGUUACACAAACUGUCUUGGGAUGAACAACUGCCUCCGGAAGUUAAUAAACUUUGGUCCGAAUUGAUUGUUGAUUUACCGGAAUUAAAUAAAAUUAGGAUUCCACGACGUGUUAUUAUUGAUUCAUACAAAUAUUUAGAAUUUCACAUUUUCUGCGACGCGUCGGAACGAGCAAUAGCAUUUUCAAAUAUCAACGACCUUCUAGUGAGGGGUGGUGACUGCCUUUUGGUAUUUCUUGGUCACAUGCCGGUAUUCGACGUAUACAGACUCCUUGCCAGAUCAACUCGUUGGAGUUUCUGGCUGAAAGACGUGGACCGAUAUGUAUCGCCAUAUCACGAUUGUCAGGAUCCUGAGAAAGAUAUAAAGAGGAUGAUGACGACCAUAGGAUUCAAAAACGUGGAAGUCAAAUGUGUUCAGAAACUAUUCGUGUACACUAGCGUGGAAGCCGUUAAAAGAAAUUCUCCAAAUUACCAGAUACCGGCCGCUAGUUUAGGUAGUGAUGUUAGUGAAGCCAAGAGCUGUGCCGUGUAUGAUGGCCUAAACCAACAAGAACCCUCUAUCAAACUGCUCUAUGUUACACCCGAAAAGAUACAAUCAUCUCCAAAAUUCCAAGAAACUCUCGCAAGACUGUAUGAAAAGGGAAAGAUUUCAAGCAAUAUAGCGAAGGAGUCAGGCGUGGCGCCUUGGACGCUGUACCCACAGAUGGCGCUACGUGACAUGGCGGAGAAGCUGCCGGAAACGGCAGAGGCUAUGCUCAAGAUACCUCACGUUACCAACGCCAACUAUAAGAAGUAUGGCUUCCGGUUGCUACCCAUCACUUUUAAGUACUUCAUGGAAAGGAUUAAAAUCGAAAUGACUUUACAAGACCAGGGAAUUAGCGAAGCCUACGAAGACGAAGAGCCUACCGCGGGACCCUCUACAGACAGCCCUCAGAGGUCCUUUAGAAAUAAUAAGAGCUAUCGACCAAGGAAAUCAAAACCUUACAAGGCUGGUGUGAAAAAAACUUCUAGAAACUCAACGCCAACAAAUCCUGAUCUUAUGGAAAAAUAUAUUAUAAACAAUGGAUAA